ACCCCUGCCAGUGACGUUGGUGGUGGGUGUGUAUCGGUGUCACCUGCUGCCAUAUUUGUUGACACUAAAGUGGAACGCAAGCGAGAUAAAUUUGCAGGACAGCUGGUCAUCAUGUCAUCUCCAGAAAUCGCUUCCUUAUCCUGGGGCCACAUGAAGAUCAAAGGUUGUUCCACUUCCUAUAAAGACUGUAAAGUUUGGCCGGGUGGCAGUCGAGCCUGGGACUGGCAUGAAACUGGCACUGAUCAUCAUCCUGGUGUCCAGCCAGCUGAUCUGGAUGAGGUUCUUAGAAAAGGUGUACAGACGCUGGUUAUAGGCAGAGGAAUGAGCGAAGCUUUACAGGUGCCUCCUUCCACCCUUGAAUAUGUGAAGAAACAGGGUGUGGACGUCCGGGUGUUCCAGACUGAGCAGGCUGUUAAAGAAUAUAAUGCUUUGGUGGGACAGGGGGCUAAAGUUGGUGGGGUUUUUCACUCCACAUGCUGAUGAUGUCAUUAACACAAACUUCUUAUUCAAGUGCCUAAACAAUUUAGAUGAUCUGCGUUUACAUAUUAAAAUGAGCAUAGAUGCAAUUUAAAGUACAUCAUUUUGUUUGAUGGAAAAUAUAUUUUUUGCUUUAUAAUCAUUAAA